AUGAUCAUAAAACUGCACAGUCUCAUCCUUUGUCUGCUAUGUAUUCUUCCAUCAAUUCUAGUUCAUAAAUCAACCAGGUGUAACCGAUCAUGUGGCACAGUUUUAGCCAAGAACCUUCCGUUCCCGUUCGGGUUCUCCUCCGGCUGCCAAAUCCUCCUUAACUGCACCACAAACGGCACCAUGGUCAUACAUGACUUUCCGGUCCAGCAAAUAACCUCCGAUAGCAUUCUGGUCAAAAUUCCAGCCGAAUGUGGCUGUCCGGUCGAAACCCUCCAGCACCUAUUUAGUCCAAACUAUGCACCCACAUCACAAAAUGCAAUCUUCCUACAGAAUUGUACCUCACCACUCACUCCUUGUGAGAUACCAACAACAACGGUGCAAACUCAUUUUGAACUGCCUGACUGUGUUUCAAAAGAUAACAUUAUUAGCUGCUACUCCGAGCCAAACAACCAGGGUUUGUUCAUUGACUACCAUAACUUGACCGGAGUCCAGUGCCGGUCACUUUUGUCGGCCACGGUUGUCUCUUUGGGUAAUCUUAACAACUCGGCGGUGUUGGUGGAUCAGGUUGUACAAUUGGGGUGGUGGCUUGAAGGGGAUUGUCAGUAUCAGUACUGUUCUGAGGAUUCAAGUUGUAUUACAAAUGUGUCACCAAUUGAUGGCCGGCCAGAAUAUCGUUGCCAAUGCUUGGAAGGGUUCAUCGGGGAUGGUUAUCGGGCCGCAUUGGGCUGCCGGAAAGGUAUGUUCCAGUUGCCGGAAUUUAUUUGA